AUGUCCACCAUCGCCCACUCGCUGCGCGACCACCGCUCGCCCACGCGCACCCAGCUCUUUGCCCACGCCUUCUCUCUGCCCGCCGGCGAGACGCCCAUCCCCGAUGCAGAGAUUUCCUCUGCCGUCCUCUCGCUCUCGGCAUCGUCCGCAGACGGCGCGCAAGAGGAGCAGGUCUACGCCGGACGCCUCACCCUCACCCAGUCCUUUCUAUGCUUUGCCAGCCAGGGCGACCGCGGCAGGAGCUGCAGGAUGAACCUCCCGCUCUGGUGCGUCAGGCGUGUGGAGAGGCUCAACACAAAGGGAACCGUAUUUGCCCUCAGCAUCGUCGUGUGGCACGGCAUGAAGAUCAUCCUUCAAUUGAACGCCCUCCGGCCCACAUGCGAGGCCUUUUGCGGCGUCCUCCGCGACCAGCUGCGCGCCCAGCUCGGCAACAUGAAGCUGCUCAAGCCCUUCCUCGCAGGCUGCUACAGCGAGACGCUGCUGACAGAACCCACCCCCGCCGCAGAGCAGAGCGAAAAGGACAAGGCAGAGACGCCCUCGCAGGAGCCCGACAACCCAGACGCUGCCACCGCAGCCACACCUGCUUCAGAGAAGAGCGAAGCCGAGUCCUCCUCAGCAGCAGCAGCAGGGGCGACAGGGGCGGCACCGGCAACAGCAGCGUCGACGGCGCCGAAUGCCAACGCCAAGGAGAAGCCGCCGUACCACGCGGGUCUUGGAGCCACGUUUGGCUUCCCCGGCGACCCGAGGAAGCUGCGGGAAAAGAGCAAAGUCAAGCUGUGGCGCGACUACUUUCGGGCGCACGGCAGGAACCUCACGCUGCUGCGCUACCCUCAGUUCCUCCGGCUCGUCCAGGUGGGCCUGCCCAACCGGCUCCGCGGCGAGGUGUGGGAGCUCACCAGCGGCUCCAUCUACAACCGCUUCGCCCACGCCGGCGAGUACGAGGCGCUCUUGAAAAAGUACGACGGCGUCGUCAGCACCAGCACCGAGGAGAUUGAAAAGGACCUCAACCGCAGCCUGCCCGAGUACCCGGCCUACCAGACGCCCGAGGGCAUCGAGACGCUGCGCCGCGUGCUGGUCGCCUACAGCUGGAAAAAUCCGGAGCUCGGCUACUGCCAGGCCAUGAACAUUGUCGUCGCCGCCAUCCUCAUCUACAUGAGCGAGGAGCAGUGUUUCUGGCUGCUCGACAUGCUCUGCGAGCGUCUGCUGCCGGGAUACUACACCCAAUCCAUGUCCGGGACGCUGCUCGACCAAAAGGUGUUUGAGCAUCUGGUGCAGCGCACGCUGCCCAUGAUCCACGAGCACUUUGUCAAGGCCGACAUCCAGCUGUCGGUGGCGUCGCUGCCGUGGUUCCUGUCGCUCUACAUCAACUCGAUGCCCAUGAUCUUUGCGUUCCGGAUCCUCGACUGCUUCAUGGCCAUGGGGCCCAAGGUGCUCUUCCAGGUCGGCCUCGCCAUCCUCAAGAUCAACGGCGAGGAGCUGCUCAAGGUGAGCGACGACGGCGCCUUCAUCAACCUGAUGAAGGCCUACUUCCGCUCCCUCGGCGACAGCGCCCACCCCAACAGCCCCAACCCGCGGCACCGUCAGAUCACCAACUUCCAGGAGCUGCUCGUCGUCGCCUUCCGCGAGUUUGGCAUCAUCACCGACGAGACCAUCGCCAGCGAGCGCAGGCGGUUCCGCCAGGAGAUUGUCCAGGAGCUCGAGCUCUUUGCCAAGCGCAGCGCCAUCCGCAACCUCAAGGACCACGGGCGAUUCACGAAGGACCAGGUUGGCCUCAUCUACGACCAGGUCGUCGAGGCCAUCUACCGCGCACGGCACGCACCUGGCUUUGCGGGCGACGCCAAGACGGCCGCCUCGAAUCCAAACGCGGGCAUCGUGGCCAACGACCCGAAAGAGGUGCUCGAAAAGGCGCUGGCCGCCCCUCCCGUCUCGUCGGCGGGCGAGCCGGACUACAAGGAGAUGCGGAUCGACCUCCGGACAUUCCGCCUCUUCCUCGGCGAGGUGGCGACGUGGGCGCGCGACGAGUUUAUCGUCUCAAACGGCUUCCAGGAGCGCAUCGAGAGAAAGGUGCCAGAGCACGAGACGGUCGCCAGGCUGUUCCGCUUCUGGGACAAGGAGAAGAAGGGCACGCUUUCGCUGCAGGAUAUCGUGUCUGGCCUCGACGCCGUCAUGUUCAACCAGGACGACGUGAUGGCCAACAUCCAGUGGUUCUUUGAGCUGCACUCGGACGGACGACCCUCGCUGACCAAGGACGAGGUGCUGCGGCUGAGCGAGAGCCUCCUCUUUUUCUUCCGCAACGAGACAAACGACGGCUACCUGGGCGCCGUGUCGCAGCUGAUAGCCCAGGCGUUUGAGCAUGGCGGGGAGGGCAAGUCGGCUUAG